GUGGGGUUGCUUUCAAGUAAUCAUGCAUGGGAUUGCAUUGUAAAGCAUAUCCAUGUUAUUUGUAUGUAUUAUAUGUUUACUUUCCUCCCAGCAGCUCACACAACAACGUAUUGACAUUCUUAAUCACGGUUUUUUUGUUUUUUGUUUUUAAAAAGCUACAGUUCCCCAAGUGGUUUAACAAACAAUGCUGCUUCCCAGGGAACUCUGUGAAUUGUACUAUGUGAGAGGAAUAAGGGCCUUCUAACAACUCUCAGCACCCUAACAAACUACAGUUCCCAGAAUUCUUUGGGGGAAGCCAUGGCAGUUUAAAGUGGUAUUAUAGCAUUUUAAAUGGAUGGUGUGAUUGUGGCCUUGUUGGGCCUUCCUUUUCUUCCAAGCCUCUGAUUGGUUCUCAGAACCAGAAGUCACCUGUAUUCCUUUUCCUUAAUUAUUACAGCUGCCUCAGUGACUCUAACAAAGAGAACCACCCUGCAGUAACAUAUAUGCUGUAGUUGAGCCAGAGGGGUUGGCAGGCUUUCAGUAAGAACAGGCACUGCUACUUAACAAAGGAACUUAAUUUUUGCUUUAAUAGAAACCAAAACUGAGGCCUAGAGCUUCUAACAGCAGCCGGCCAUCCUAUCAAAUACACAGACAACACCCAGGGGCUACUUCUUUCUCUGUUGCCUCUGGAAGGCAGAAGGCCCCUCCUACAGCUAUGAACUUGUUCCUUUCCCCUGCACCAUUGCAUGUGCUUUAUCACAACACAGACAAUAAACAAAUUUCGUAUUUCAAUGACUCCUGCACAGUGGGCAUCUUUCUGAAGCAAGAAGAAAAGCAGCAGAAAAGCACAGGUGAACAAUUAUCCCAUCAAGCUCUCAUUUUAGCAACCGUCUUCCUUUAACAUUUUCCAGGAUGUGAAAAGGACUUUGAAUGGGCAGGAGACGGAACAUCUACAGAUAAAGCCCAUUCAGGAUCAGCAAGUGCAGCAACAUGAGCAAGAACUCAAAUACUUUAUAUGUCAGGAGUAAAAGUGUGUCAGAAGAAACACUGUACUCGCACGAUGAAGCGGAUGGGGCUCCUCAAGGAAUGGACCAAUAUCGUGUCAGGAGACUUUCCUGCCGUAAUCUCCAGCUUCCCCCUUUGGCCUUCAGGCAGCUGGAGCAGGCAGAUUGGGACAGAAAGGGUGAUCCAGAGACGGUGCCGAGGCCCACCAGCCUUCCGCUGAGAACUCUCCCACUAAUUGCUAUCACAGCUGCAGAGACUGUCAGUUUCGACGUCGACAAUGGCACCUCAUCGGGACGGAGUCCCUUGGAUCCCAUGACAAGCCCCGGAUCGGGGCUCAUUCUCCAGGCUAACUUUGUUCACAGUCAACGGAGGGAAUCCUUCCUCUACCGGUCCGAUAGCGACUAUGACCUCUCUCCAAAGUCUAUGUCCAGGAACUCCUCCAUCGCCAGUGAUAUACAUGGAGAUGACUUGAUUGUGACACCGUUUGCUCAGGUGCUGGCCAGCUUACGUACUGUACGGAAUAAUUUUGCUGCAUUAACCAACCUGCCGGAUCGAGCACCUAGCAAACGGUCACCCAUGUGUAACCAACCAUCCAUCAACAAAGCAACCAUAACAGAGGAGGCCUACCAAAAACUGGCCAGCGAGACCCUGGAGGAGCUCGACUGGUGCCUGGACCAGCUGGAAACCUUGCAGACCAGGCACUCCGUCAGCGAAAUGGCCUCGAACAAGGCUCUCGGUGAAGCUGCUCACUGGGUGACCUUGGGGCCCUCACUGUCUCUCAGCCUAACCUACCUCAGAGUUGUGAGGAAGAGAGCCAUGAUCUUUUUGGAGGAAUGGUGCAAUAUAAAUGCAAUGGCAAAUCUAAUAUCACUUCUGACUGCAGACUUGAUCUACACAGGCAGGGGAAAGAGGGAGGGAAGCAUCUGACUCUUGCAAGCUCCUUGAGCUUUUGAUUGUGCAAUGUAACACAUGGCUACAGGAGUCACAAGUUCGUGGAUUCUUUCCCAUGCUUUCCUAUUCUUGAGAUACCAUUUAUGCUCCUCCAAUAAAAGUGUCACAUACUGUUUAUGCUGUUAA